AUGGAAGUCAUGCUGGGUGCGGCGACAGUUGGCGAAGCUUCAUCUGACAAAAACCUUCACGCCACGGAGUUCAACCAGUACGAUGGCGACGUGCCGAGCCGAGCAGCAAGCCAGGGAGUACACUUCUCGGUGCGGUUCGGUACCGCAACCAUGGGAUCGGAUUUUGAAGCCCUUCGCGAAUCGGACGACAAAGGCCGUCAAGCCCUGGCCGAAGAACCGUCAGAUCCCACAGCCGCCACAGAUACUUCCGCCGAGAAGAAACGCGAGGGGGAGAGCGCAGCCAAUGGCGAGGCGUUAGAACCAGGCGAUGAAAAGAAGCUAGCAGAGAGCAAGGAAGAGGAGAAGAAGGAAGACGUACCGACGGUGUAUUACUGGCAGCUGUUCAAGUUCGCGGAUAAAUGGGACAUUCUGCUCAUGAUCGUGGGAUCCGUGUGCGCCAUCGGGCUCGGCAUGGCCAUGCCCAUGAUCUCGCUGCUCUUCGGCGAGUUAACGAACGCCUUCGGACAGAACACCACCGAUGUCAAUAAGCUCAUGGACGCCGUUACCAGUGUCGCGCUCAAGUUCCUUUACUUGGCCAUUGGAGCCGCCGUGGCCGCGUACCUCGAGAUGGCGUGCUGGAUGACGACGGGCGAGCGGCAGGCGGCGCGGGUGCGGAGGCGGUACCUGGCGGCGGUGCUGCGGCAGGACAUGGCUUACUUCGACCGCCGCCUGAGCACGGGCGAGGUCAUCGGCCACAUGUCCGGCGACAUCGUGCUCGUGCAGGACGCCAUGGGCGAGAAGGUGGGCAUAUUCCUGCGCUUCAUGGCACAGUUCGUGGGCGGGUUCGUGGUGGCGUUCAUAGCGGGCUGGCAGCUCACGCUCGUGAUGCUGGCCGUGCUGCCGCUGCUGGCCGCAGCAGGCGCCACCAUGACGGUCAUCGUGAGCAAGUCGUCCAACAAGGGCCAGGAGGCCUACGCUGCUGCCGGCACCAUUGUCGAGGAGUGUGUCUCCGCCAUCCGCACUGUGGUGGCAUUCACGGGCGAGCACAGGGCGGUGCAGCAGUAUACAGUGAGGCUGAACAAGGCGUUCCGCGCGGGCAUCAAGCAGAGCAUGAGCGCUGCGGUGGGCAUCGGGUGCACGGUGUUCAUCAUGUUCUCCUCGUACGCGCUCGCCCUGUGGUACGGCUCCAAGCUGAUAGCGGAUGCCAGCUACACGGGAGGAGACGUCUUCACCGUGCUCUUCGGGGUCCUCAUUGGCGGCAUGUCGCUGGGUCAAGCAGCCCCCAACGUGUCAGCUUUCGCCUCAGGGCAGGCAGCAGCGGGGAAGAUCUUUGAGGUGUUGGAGAGGCAGCCAGUGAUAGACAGCAGCAGCGACGAGGGGGAGCGCCCAGCGGUGUGCGAGGGGGCGCUGGAGCUGCGCGAGGUGACGUUUGCGUACCCGUCGCGCCCAGACGUGCCCAUCUUUGAGAGCUUCAGCCUGGCGGUGCCGGCGGGGCGGACCAUGGCGCUGGUGGGGGAGAGUGGCAGCGGCAAGUCGACGGUGGUGGCGCUGGUGGAACGCUUCUACGACCCGCAGAGCGGAGCCGUGCUGCUGGACGGCCGCAGCAUCGGCGCACUCAACCUGCGCUGGCUGCGCCAACACAUGGGCCUCGUCAGCCAGGAACCCGCACUCUUCGGCACGAGCAUCCGCCAGAACAUCGCUUAUGGGAAGGACGGCGCCACCUUUGAGGAGAUUCAAGAGGCCGCUCGCCUCGCCAACAUCCACCACUUCAUCCAGUCGCUGCCCGACGGGUACGAGACGCAGGUGGGGGAGAGGGGCACGCAGCUGUCGGGGGGGCAGAAGCAGCGCGUGGCGAUCGCGCGGGCGAUUCUGCGGAAUCCGCGCGUGCUGCUGCUGGACGAGGCGACGUCUGCUUUGGACGCGGAGAGCGAGCAGGUGGUGCAGGGCGCGCUGGACGCGCUCAUGGGCGCGCGCACCACGCUCGUCGUCGCGCACCGCCUCUCCACCGUGCGCCGCGCGCACUGCAUCGCCGUGCUGCAGAGGGGGCACGUCGCGCAGACCGGCACGCAUGCUGCCCUACUGGCCGACUCCCAAGGCGCCUACGCCCAACUCGUGCGCCUUCAGCAGCUGGCGGACCCGGGACAAGGGGAGGGGGUGGAAGGGGGAGAUGAGAAGGGAGAGGGGGUUGAGAAUGGCGAGGGGAAGGAGGGUGGGAGGUUGAGCGCUUCGCAAGCAGUUGUGGGGAAUGGGGAGGCAGCGGGAGCAAGAGUAGCCCCGGUUGAGGGUGCUAGUGCUGUUGAUGGGGAAGGUGUUGGUGGGAUGAAGAAGACGGAAGGGGGUGAGGAGGAUGGGCUGAUUAGCGAGGGGAGGGAUGUAGAGAGCAGUGCGGGGGAGAAGCAGGAUGAGAAGGCAGGCAGUGGGGGCUUCUUCAGCUCAUUCCUGCGAAAGCGCAAGGGAGAGAAGCCGGCCGGGGAAAAGGGUGCAGGAAAGGCAGGAAAGGAAGGGGAGGGCGGGGAGGGAGCAGACGGUGAGGAGGAGGGGGAGAAGAAGAAGAAGAAAGUCGCAUUCAAAGACACGCCCAUGGCUCGCCUGGCGAUGCUGAACAGGCCCGAGUGGCCGUAUGCGAUCCUGGGAUCCAUUGCAGCAGUAGUCCACGGCGUGCUCAUGCCCUUCUUCGCUCUCAUCCUCUCCAACAUCAUCACCACCUUCUAUAACCCCGACAUCAGCCAGAUGCGCAGGGACGCGGAUUUCUGGGCCAGCAUGUUUGUGGUGCUGGGAGCGAGCGCGUGCGCGGCUAUUGCGAGCCAGACGGUGCUGUUCGGUGUGGUGGGGUACUCGCUGAUCAGGCGCGUGCGCGCGCUGUGCUUCUCGGCCGUGCUGCGGCAGGAGAUUGCGUGGUUCGACAGGGAUGAGAACUCCAGCGGUGCGAUCGGCGCGCGCCUGUCAACAGACGCAGCACAAGUCCGCGGAAUGGUGGGCGAUCAGCUGGCGCUCCUGGUGCAGAACCUGUCAACAGUCGUGCUGGGCCUCGUGCUGGCGUUCCGAGCCAACUGGCAGCUGUCGCUGGUCAUUCUCGCCAUCGUGCCACUGCUGGCCAUCACUGGCACUGCGCAAAUGCAGUCGCUCAAAGGGUUCUCUGAAAACGCCAAGGUCAAGUUUGAGGAGGCGUCGCGGGUGGCGAACGACGCGGUGAGCUCGAUCCGCACGGUGGCGGCGUUUGGAGCGGAGCAGCGCGUGCAGGAGCUGUACAACGAGCGCUGCAGCACGCCCAUCCAGGCCGGCAUCCGCAAGGCCCACGUCAGCGGCAUCGGCAUGGCUGUCGCUCAGUUCUCCAUCUUUGGCGUCUACUCCCUCGCAUUCUGGUUCGGAGGGAAGCUCGUACAGCAAGGGAAAACCACGUUUCAAGACGUUUUCCAGGUCUUCUUUGCAAUCGUGUUCACAGCAACAGGCAUCGCUCAGGCAGCAGCACUGGCUCCAGAUAUGCCCACAGUGCAGACAGCAGUGAAUUCCAUCUUUCGCAUUUUGGACCGGCAGUCAAAGAUCGACCCGGAGGCAGGAGGGGAGGAGCCCGAGGAGGUGCGGGGCGAGGUGCAGUUUCAGUCCGUGUGCUUCGCGUACCCGGCUCGCCCCAACAUCCCUAUUCUUUCCGAUUUCAACCUGACAGUGCCAUCCGGUCAGACGGUUGCGCUGGUGGGGGAGAGUGGCAGCGGCAAGUCGACGGUGGUGGCACUGGUGGAACGCUUCUACGACCCGCAGAGCGGAGCCGUGCUGCUGGACGGCCGCAGCAUCGCCGCUCUCAACCUGCGCUGGCUGCGCCAACACAUGGGCCUCGUCAGCCAGGAACCCGCGCUCUUCAACAUCUCCAUCCGAGACAACAUCGCCUACGGCCGCGCCGGCAGCGGCGGCGCCAGCGGCGGGGAAAUCAGCGAGGCGGAGAUUGUGGAGGCGGCGCGGGCGGCGAAUGUGCACGGGUUCAUCUCGGGGCUGCCGCAGGGGUACGACACGCUGGUGGGGGAGAGAGGCGUGCAGAUCUCCGGCGGUCAGAAGCAGCGCAUCGCCAUCGCUCGCGCCAUCAUUGGUGACCCGCGCCUGCUGCUGCUGGAUGAGGCCACGUCAGCUCUGGAUGCGGAGAGUGAGAAGGUGGUGCAGACUGCACUGGAAAAGGUUAUGAAGAAUCGCACCACUAUAGUUAUCGCCCACAGGUUGUCCACGAUCAAGGAUGCGGAUUGUAUUGUGGUGAUGCAGAAGGGAGUGGUGGUGGAGCAGGGGAAUCAUGAAGAGCUGAUGGCUGGUGGAGGGGUGUACUCGAGUCUUGUUUCUAUCAAGUGA